ACGCAAUAGACAAUAUCGUAGUGAUAUCCUCAUUCCUCAAUGCUCUCUAUUAUAAUGUCCACCAUGUAAAAUACUAUUCGAUAUCUAAUAUCUUCUUCAUUCGAAUUAUUUUUAUGUUAUAUCAAUGGAAACAAUAGCAGUUCAACGUCCACCGGGUAAACAGGUUUCGGGUUUGAGACCAUUCAAGAACCCUAAAAGAAGGAGUUCUCGUGGUUCUCUUUCAAGAUCCGGAGGAAGUUUGGCUCUUCCGAAUAAUCCAACGUCGUCUUGGGGAUCUUCUCCGGUAUAUCCGCCGCCGCCAAGUUACUCUCAGCCUCCUCUUCUCCCUCUGCCACGCGUCAACAGCUCAACUCUUCCUCUGCAACGAGUCAACAGCUCUCGACCACGAGUCAACAACAACUCUUCUCUCAAUUGCGUCGCUCAGACGAAAGCAAUUUCUGAAACACACAAGAAAGCAGACUUCGUUGAAUCGGUUCCAAUACUGACUCGAACUGGUUCAGUUCCGGUCCGGUCGAAUAACCUGCAUGAUUUUCCUAAAGGAUUUGAUGGUUACCCAGGUCCAGCGAUCAUGUUAUUAUCUCCACCGCCGAGUAGUUUGCCCAUGCCUAGGUUUUCUAUCAAACCGAAGCUUCGUUGCAACGUAGAAGCUAAUGGCAAAAAUGACGUUCCCGCCGAUAACAUCAGGCGAGUUUUACAGCUCCGGUGAAAAGGUGGUACGUGCUACGUAACGUUUGAUAUGUUACAAAUAAAUAAGCCUAUGGGCUUUUU